AUGAGUGAUUUCCACCAUUACGACGAUAAUUUUGCUUCGCAUUUCAAUUCAGAGGAGUUUGGCUUGUUAUCUCCUGAACAGCAAGAACAACACUUACACAGAGAGGGCAAUUCAGAACGUACCAGGUCCGUGUCCAUGAAUGGCGAGAAUGAUAUAACAAAUGGUGGAAUUAUACCGGAGGGUUCCUACGACGAAGGCCACAACGAUAGUAGUAGGGAAGUGGGCACAUCGGCCGCCAAUGGGAGUCCAAACCUGGAUAAUAAGAAGGGUUCGAAACCAAAAAGGACGAGAGCCACUGGAGAAGCUUUGGACUUUUUAAAGAAGGAGUUUGAAGCUAAUCCCAAUCCAACUUCACAACGUAGAAAGAAGAUUUCGGAGUUGACUGGUCUACCAGAGAAAAAUGUAAGGAUAUGGUUCCAAAAUAGAAGAGCUAAACUACGGAAAAGUGGCCAAGCCAAGGGUGGAAUGGGCGAAUUAGCUGAUACUGCCACUGGUAUGAUGACUUAUGAUGCAUCAGAGGAAUGUCCUGCAUACUUCGAUAAGAUUCCUCUGAAUAUCAACAACAAUUACUAUUUUAUAGAUAUCUGUUCCAUUACAGUGGGUAGUUGGAACAGAAUGAAAAGUGGAGCAUUAAGGAGAGAGAACCUACCUACGAUAAGGGAUUUAUCCAAUUUAUCACCGAUCUCAAUCAACCAAAUUAUGUCAAAUGCGACUGAUAUGAUGGUUUUAAUUUCAAAGAAAAACUUCGAGAUCAAUUAUUUUUUCAGUGCGAUGGCCAAUAACACCAAGAUCUUGUUUCGGAUUUUCUUUGCAAUAAAUUCAGUGGUAAACUGUUCCCUUACGUUGGAGGCGAGUGAUAUAAUGGAUUCUGGAUCACGUAAGGAGAAUGAUGAUGAACACGAAUCAAACGAUGAUCUUGGAAAUAGAGGUGGCAAUGGGGAUGAUGGAUCCAGUGAUAACGGGGCCGGAAGUAUUGGAGAGCUGAAAGUGACAGUAUCGAGACCGCCUAAUUUUGCCGUUUAUUUCCUAGAUAGUACGGACCAAGGUAUCAAUAAUCAAUGGUCUAUUUGCGAGGAUUUUUCAGAAGGUAGGCAGGUUAAUGACGCUUUCAUUGGAGGCUCCAACAUGCCGCAUUCCUUGAAAGGCUCACAAAGUUCUUUGAAAUUUAUGAAUUCCCUAAUCGUGGAUUAUAACAGCACAAACCAAAUUCUACCGCCACCACCAAUGAACUCACAAAAUCAAGGAAUAGUAGAGCCACAGCCAGUUACACUACAACCUCCAUCUCAGACAUUUUUCGAUCAAUACGACGCUGCAAAUGAUAUACUCAGCCUAAACAGAGAUACGUCUGGUAUCAACGUAGGGGCUAAUCGCGAUACCACACACAUGAAUGACGACAAGGUUGAUUCCGAUACACAUAAUGAUAAUGGUACUCAUACAGCAAACCUGCUGUCGUUACCUCAGGAUUCUCAAAUACCGAAUAUACCGGAUUUUUUCAAAAAUCCAUCCGAAUUGCACGAUGAGCACAGAUGGCUUUAA